UGUCAGUUGUGCCUUUCUCACAUCAGCCAUACACUUUUGAUGGACAGGUCAUUAUAGGGAGCAAACUAUUCAGACGACAACCUCGUGGUGUAGAUGUGGACCGUUUGGAUGGGAAGGUACCGCUACUUAGUGGGAUAACUUACAACGGUGGUGUGGACAUUUUCUUACAGGAAAUGAAUUUCUAUCGACAAGUGGAACUCAGAAUAGCCAGAGCGUUCAUCUUGUAUGGACGCUUGAUUUCAAAAAGGCCAUGGUUCGCCAUCAUCUUCAGUCUGGUGCUGAAUGGCAUUCUAGGAAUAAAUAUAUACUGGCUGUCCCACGACACAAAUCUAGAACGGCUGUACAACCCUUCAAAUAGCGAGGCAGACAGGAAUAGACUCGAGGCACAGCAAAUCUUUCCCGAUGCAAGUGGGACCAAUUUUGAGCAUCACAGUUUGAACGACCUUGGCCUUUACGGGGAGGUUAUUGUGAGACCUAAAACUGCCGAUAAUAUACUUAACCAGACGUAUAUUGAAGAUAUAAGGAAGCUGUUUGUUAUCGUAAGAAACAUUACCGUGACGUCAGACGAUGGUGAAGUUCACAACUACGAGAGUCUGUGCGCCAGGCGUAACGGGGACUGUAUUGUCGAUGGCUUAUAUGUCAUCACUGACGCUUUUUGGAGGAAUCUGAAAUCUGGGAAAAUCAAAGAGGAUGUAAUGUUUGGAAUCAGCACUUUAGGGGAACCCAAGUUCAUUAACAAUUCACUGGUGUCUUCAACGGGAAUCAAGCUGCAGUACAACCUAAGACAAGACUCUCCGUCCUACAAGUCCCUUUCCAAACGCUGGGAGACGCAGUAUCUUCAUGUCAUGGCUUCCGUCGCUCUAGAAAAUACGGAAAUAGCAUACGCUAUGUCGGACUCGCUAAGUCAGGAGCUGAACGACAACACGCGCGGAGAUGUCGGGUUGUUCUCUGUCACAUUUUCCCUCAUGAUCACAUACGCCUCCAUUGUUGCCGUCGGUGGAAACUGGGUCUCACAGAGGGGUAACCUGGGAAGGGCGGGAGUACUGCCAGCCGGACUAGCAAUCAUGGGAUCGUUUGGCUUCUGUUCCGCCAUCGGUGUAGACUUUGUCAACAUGGUGGGGAUAAUGCCGUUCCUUAUCUUAGGUAUAGGAGUGGAUGAUAUGUAUAUCCUCAUGUCCAGUUUGGCCGAUGCGCCGUUUGGAGCUAGCGUGGAAGAUAGAAUAGCAUUCACAUUACAGACCAGCGGUGUAGCUAUUACAAUUACCUCACUCACAGAUUUCAUCGCCUUCAUGGCUGGAUCGUUGUCCGUUUUCAAAAGCGUCCGCAACUUUUGUCUUUUCACAGGUGUCGCUGUUGCCCUCUGCUACAUAAAUGUCAUCACCUUCUUUCUCGCGUGCAUGGUUCUGCACGAGCGGCGUGUUGCUCAGAAUCGUCAUUGCCUCACCUGUAUCCCACUAAUGACAGGAGAAGAGAGUAGGAAAGCUAACAAGUCUAAAACUCACCUAUACUGCUGUACCGGCCGACCGCCCAAAUCUAGAAAAGAAUACGAAAGUGUCUUCGAAAAAUUCCCACGUCUCUUCCUUCCAAAGACUGUUCUUUUUAAACCGGCAAAAUUCGGUGUUUUAAUAACAUAUAUAAUCUACUUAGCGAUAUCUAUCUGGGGGGCAUGUAACUUAGAGGAGGGUCUAAAACUGAAGAACUUGGUAUCCCCAGACUCCUACUAUCAUAAGUUUAGUCAGUGGAAACAUCACUAUUUUGACCUGAAGAUGUUGGUGACAUUUGUUGUGCCACAGCAUUACGAUUAUUCAAACCAACAUACAUAUGAUUCGGUACAGACACUUAUGAAUAACGUUAAAAGUGAUUUCAAAAUUGACGGAAGAUACGAAAUCAACUGGUUGAAAACAAUGCAUGACACAGGUUUUUAUGACAGACAGACAAACGAAACUGAGGCGACAUUUGUGAAAACUGUACAUAGGUUCGUAAACACAUUUAAGGCUUUCCAAAAUGAUGUGAUGUUUGACGAAAAAAUCGAAAAGAUCAUUGCAGCAAAGUUCCACCUGUUUACCAGAAACAUAAAAACAUCACAAGACCAGGGCGGAUUGAUGGUGCGCAUGCGUGAAUUCGCUUCCGAGUCUGAUUUAAAUGUAUUCGCAUUCUCGCCUUGGUUUAUCUACUUUGAACAGUUCGUAGCUGUACUUCCGAACACCCUACAGACGGUGGGCGUGGCCAUUAUAGCAGUCUUUAUUAUCACGUGCCUGUUCAUGCCAAAUCCUAAAAUUAUUCUGUUCGUCACUAUGUCGAUGGCGUCCAUCAUUCUAGGUUUAGUUGGCUUCAUGCAUCAUUGGGGUCUCUCUUUAAGUUCAAUAACGAUGAUCCACGUGAUCAUGAGUGUCGGUUUCUCCGUCGAUUUUUCCGCGCACAUUUGUCACUCUUUUAUGACGGCAGACGGCACGGAUCGGAACGCGCGUGUUAAUACCGCACUUAUACGAGCAGGAGGACCUAUUUUCAAUGGCGCAUUUACAUCCAUCCUUGGAGUUGUGAUGUUGGUGUUUUCAAAAUCAUACGUGUUCGUAUCGUUCUUCAAAGUGAUGACGCUGGUUAUCCUGUUCGGUGCGUUCCACGCAGUUCUCGUCCUACCUGUGGUAUUGUCGCUGUUCGGCCCCGGUAGGCCAAUCAGUGUCGACGAGGAUGUAUACGCCGUAGAACACCCUACGAAUGGCCACGGAAUUAAGAUGAAGAACGGUGAAGUUAAUCAUGCUUAUCAAGUAACUAACUAGGCAUUAUAGCAUAAACAGACGUAGUUCUCGAACGUAACCGUGUCGAUGUUGAACCUCUGCUGUGCAAAAUAUAAAACUUACAAUGUUUUUGAAAUCGUUUGUUACUCACUGAAACAUGUAUAAAAGUUCCUUUGUGUUAAAAUUAUAUGGAGCUGCGGUGGCCUGGUGGUUAAGUUGCCCCGACACUUUAUCACUAGCCCUCCACCUCUGGGUUACGAGUUCGUAACAUACAUGGGUGAGUUGCCAGGUACAAACCGUGAGUUGCCAGGUACGAACCGUAAGUUGGCGGUUUUUCUCCGAGUUUUCCGUCUUUCCUCCAGCUCAAAAACCUGGCACGUCCUUAAAUGACACUGGCUGUUAAUAGGACGUUAAACCAAAAUAAACCAAACAAAAAGGAUUUGAUUGGUUAUCACCGGAAGUACACCGGAAUCUUGUAAAGUGAAUUUGUUUCCAAAUCAAUAUAAUGGUACGCUCAGUUUUCACUAGAUUUACAAUUACAUUACAGUGGUUCAGUAAAUUUCUGAAAAAAUGGCGCUACCAAUCGAACCGUAAUAAAUUUUCUGAAGAUCAAAAAAUGGUCCUACCCACGUAGAUUACGACAAAAUGGCAUGCCAUAGUAACAGUGUGUUUAUACAAAAUUAGAAAAAGACUGAAUGGAACCAAUACUUCAAAAUAUAGAUACGCUACACGUGAGCCAAGAGGUAUUACGGAUCGGGCUUGUAAAAUGUACAUACAUGUAGAGAUCACUGUGUGCGUCCCAAUUUUUAUCAAAAUAAAUAUUUCUGUAUAUAG